CUUGAUACUAAUUUAAUGUUAAUUAUAAACUUGUGUCCAAAAAUGGCAGCGUUGAAGGAUGUUGUUCCUGUAUAUAAAAAUUUGAAAGAAGAAUGGGCGGCGACUCCGUGUAAUUUGAAGAAAUGUGGUGAAUUACUUAAUCAAUUAAAGGUUGGUCUUACACAUUUGAUGUUUCUUCCAACAUCUAAUAACACAGCUAGUCAAAAUGAAUUACUUAUAGCUCGUGAUAUUUUAGAAAUUGGUGCACAAUGGAGUAUAGUAACUGAAGAUAUACCUUCUUUUGAACGUUAUAUGGCACAAUUAAAGUGUUACUAUUUUGAUUACAAAUCAGGAUUAAUGGAGUCUGCAUAUAAAUACCAUCUUCUUGGUUUAAAUCUCUUAUUCUUACUGUCUCAGAACCGCGUGGCCGAAUUUCACACAGAAUUAGAACUGUUGCCUUCCGAUCAAAUACAAUCUAAUGUUUAUAUCAGACAUCCUUUGAGUUUAGAACAAUAUUUAAUGGAAGGUUCAUAUAACAAGAUAUUCUUAGCAAAAGGCAAUGUACCCGCAGCAUCUUACAAUUUUUUCAUAGAUAUUUUAUUAAACACUGUUCGGGAUGAAAUAGGAGCGUGUAUGGAAAGUGCAUAUGAUAAGAUCUCUAUACAAGAUGCCUCCAGGAUGUUGAACUUGAAUUCUGAGACAGAUAUGAAAGCAUUCGCGGCAAAAAAGAACUGGAAUUUAGCGAAAGAUGAUUACUUUUACUUUAGUACAACUAGUGAAAAGAAAACUGAAGAACCAAUUCCCAGUGCAGAUUUGGCUACAUUAGCAAUUGACUAUGCAAGAGAACUUGAAAUGAUUGUUUAAAUAUAUGAAUUUUUCUGUAUUUUAUAAAUAAAUAAAGUUUGUCAUAUAAUUAUUACAAA